GUGUAAAUACUAUGAACGAUCAAAUCUUAAAUUCCAACUUAGAUAUAAAUCUAAAUCAAGAGAAUAAUGUUUCUGUUAACAACUUGACAAAGAAAUUAUAUCAAGGAGAUUACAAACCAGAAUUAUGUCUUUUACCUCAAGUGCUCAAUGCAAUAAUUCAUCCUACUGUUGAUUCUUUUUUCGAUUUGGGAAAUGAUCGUAUUAUUAGUAGAUAUGUAAAUUUAAAUCCUCAAGUUGAUGUAAAUAUUCUGAGACAAUGUUUGGAAUAUGAAACAAAAUUCUAUAAAUGGGCAG